UUCUCAGUGCUUAAUACAAACAGAUUGCAUAAUGAGAUCGUGUUUCAAUAGGAAUUAUGCAUCAAAGGAAUUUCAAAACAGAGUAAUCUUUGGCCAACAAUCCGGAAAUACAUGCUUUUAUUAAUGAGUCAGUUAGUAAAGUGGGGAAAUCGAAAUUGCUAGGUUUUAAGCAAUCAAUUAAUUUUGAAGGAAACGGUAGUGAACAAAAUUUAUCGAGCUCAUAUUUACGGAUUUCCUCAUACAUGGUAUUGUGUUCCAAGGACACCUUUAACAUUGUACAAAACUCGAUAUUUUAAAAAUUCUAAUUUGAAGUGGAGAUAUCUAAAUGAAAUUAUGACAGUUAAGACAUUUAGUUUGGUCGUAGCUCCGUGUUUGUUUGCCUGUAUCGCCUUGCUUCAGCUCUCUGAAAUCUCUGCCAGAAGACACGGGUCAAUUCAUCAUGGCAGAUCGAGGCACGGUCAUUCAGGUGAACGAUGGAGUCAGUGGAGUGCUUGGUCAUCGUGUAACGCUGAGUGUGGGACAGGUGUAUCGUCAAGGAAUAGGGAAUGCUUAGAAAAUACUCGAGCGUGUACGUCUGAAAGUACGGAAUACAAAGUUUGCAAUCGACAGGAAUGUACAUCAAAUCAACAAACCCUUCGACAGCAACAGUGUUCUUCACAUAACGACAAAAAAUUUGGCGGUAGAAACUACCGAUGGCAACCGUAUGAUAUAGGCAAAGAUGAAUGUGAUUUAACAUGUAGGGCGGAGAGAUAUGGUUUCUACAACACGUUUCCUGGGCAUGCACAGAACGGUGCUCUUUGCAACAAAGAUCAAAUCUCAGUCUGUAUUGAAGGCAUAUGUACAAAUGUAGGAUGUGAUGACGUAGUUGGUUCUAAGACAACUCGUGACGUUUGUGGUGUUUGCAAUGGCGAUGGUUCAACAUGUCGCAUCGUCAAAGAUGUAUUUGAAACCACAAAAUUAAAUUAUGGUUACAAUGAAAUAGGAACUAUUCCGACAGGAGCUACAAACAUCAAUAUUACUCAAUUGGGCCAAAGUAGAAAUUAUAUAGCACUGCGGAUAUCGGGAGGCAGAUACUUUCUGAAUGGAAACCGGCGAUUGUCACGUGACGGGAAGUAUAAUGCAGGAGGAGCAGUGUUUCGAUAUCACAGCAGACAAUCAAAUAAAUGCCCAGGACAAUGUAUUUUAUCGAAAGGCCCUACAACAGAAGCGAUAGAUAUCAUGGUUCUUUCUUUCGGACACAAUCCUGGGAUCUUCUAUCAAUUUAGCUUGCCGCAUGGUCCGAAAUCCCAAAAAUCCUUAUACGAUGCAAUUAUAGUUGAAGACGAUUUUGGCGGGAGUCAUAAUAUUUCUCGCUCUGGACAUGGAUCUGGAAUACCUAGUCCUUCAUUAAAUAUCACCAAUUCCAAAAACCAUACAACCAGUGGAUCUAGCGCCAUGCCUGGCUACACACAGAGUUUUACCUUUAUGGAGAAAAUGAAUAAAAAGUCCAAUGAUUCUUCUCAAAGAGGCGCUCUCACAGAAUCAGAGACUUUCUAUAAGUCUCAGUCGGACAAACAACGGCAGACAAUAAGGACCGAUCCUUCAUUUGACGAUAAUGCUAUUCCGAGUGCCGAUGGAUUCCGAUGGGAAAUCACGGGAUAUACUCCAUGUUCAGCAACAUGUGGCCAAGGUACGAAAUCACCUUUCUUGGAAUGUUUUUAUGGAAAUACACGGGUAGAAGAAAAUCGUUGUUUGAUGGCGACAAAACCUGGACUUGGAUCACAACCCUGUGCUCUAAAGCCUUGUCCAAAAUGGGAAAACCAUCGUUGGCAGCCCUCUGAUUGGUCAGCAUGCAGUGUCACGUGUGGGGAGGGCCAGCAAACUAGAAAAUUAAUGUGUGUCCAUGAGAUUUCGGAAAAUGUUUUUGAAUCCGUCGUGGAUAACGAUUGUUUGGGUUUAGAAAGACCAAACACAACACAAUCAUGCAAAACUACACCCUGCUUUAAAUGGGCAACCGGCAGAUGGGCUCAGUGUUCAGUGACAUGUGGACGCGGAGAACGCAUGCGUAGUGUGACAUGUAUGUCUAAAGAGGGAAGACGUGUUCGAAAUGACUUCUGUGAUCCAAUGGAAAAACCAGAGGAAAAGUCAAAAUGCAGUUAUGGAGAGUGUAGAACUGAGAGGGUGUCUUCUGUAUAUGUAAAUAUGAAGUCCUGGUAUUUCACAGAAUGGCCUAGAGAUUGUCCAGCGGAAUGUGGGGAGGGUAAACAAACAAGAAACGUUGUUUGUUAUGGAACAAAUGUAAACACAGACCCAAGAAAAAGCUGUUUACAGCGUGACAAACCGGAAACGGAGCGUGUUUGUAGCUCAAGACGUUGUUACGGAAAUUGGUUCACAGGACCGUGGAGCAAGUGUAAUGCCACAUGCGGUGACGGAUAUCAGAAUAGAGAAGUUGUAUGCAUCAGUAAAUCAGAUAGAGGAAGUUUUUCAGUAAUACCUGACUACAGAUGUUUACUACAGGACAAACCUGCUCACAGCAAAUCUUGUCAGGCAGUUAGUCCUUGUGGGCCAGAGUGGUUCAUGUCAGCGUGGGGAGAGUGUUCUGUUACUUGUGGAAAAGGUAGAAAAACACGUGAUGUGCAAUGCUUGGACACGUAUGGUGUUCCUGCCAACAUCUGUGAUAUUCGAACGAAACCAGCAGGAGUAGAACUUUGUAAGCAAGGGCCCUGCAGGAGAGAAACAGUCUCAGAUUCCGGAUGUCGGGAUCGAUAUUCCAAGUGUGAGUUGGUGGUGAGAAGAGACUUGUGUGAUCAUGUGUUUUACAUGAACGUUUGCUGUAAUUCAUGUUCACGAUGGAAAUCUUGAACAACAUACUCUGGGUGUUUGCUUUGGUGUAAAUUAUGUCUUUUAUAUUCCAAACAAAUUGAAUAACUUAUACUCAUUAGGUAUAAUUUCCUGUUACAUCUUUAAUUGAAGUUAGUUUGAGUCGCGCAAAACAAUAAUUAAGACUACCGGGUAUAUUUCGAUACCAAUUACAAGCAAGGAAGUUAGAGUCCGUUGUGGUUUUUAAGGAGAUGUUAACCCGUUGCAGGCCCGUAGGAAGCAAUUUCAUUUGAGGGGCACAACCAUACAUUUUCAGAUUUUAGUGGGGGGGGGGGGCACUAUCAACUACCAAAAAUUCCUUGACAAGCAAAAAAAAAAGGGUCAUCAGACGUUUUUAUUGAGGGGAUACAAAUAUAUUGUAGCUAUGUUUUCUAUAGUAUUCUAUAUAUUGGCAAAAUUAUUGGGGGGGCACGGCCCCCCGUGCCCCCCCCCCCCCCGGCUCCUACGGCCAUGCGUUGUAGAAAUAAAAACGGGUUCGAGAAAUUGAUUGGUUUUAAAGGAGUGACAGAUUUUAUAUACUUUUUUAGAAGCAAAAACUGUAACUCUGUUACAGUUGAUAUUCGCUUUUAUUCUUGAAUAAUUACUCAAAGAAUAGCCGGUGUUGAUUUGACCACAUUAUACUACGGUCGGCAAAAAAUGUUUACUUCUCUUAUGUUUUUUUACUUACAUUGUAGAACGUAUUACAUGAUUGUUCUCAUUCAUUGUAUAUAAACAUCGUGACUUCUUUUUUCUGAAGUGUUAUUGAUAUUUAAACAUGUUUCAGUUUCAUCAGUCUACUUUAAUAAACUUUGACAAUUUUG